AUGGCUGCCUGCCUCACGGCAGAACAGCGGAAACGUGUUGUUUUUGGAAAUGAAACAGAAGAGGGUGAAAACACUGACUAUGACACUAAUAUUGUGAAUGAGGUUGAUGCUAAUGAUAAAGAAGAUGAAUUUAAAAAGGAAUGUAAAGAGGUCUUCGCUUUUUUCUCUCACCAAUUAUUAGACAGUCUUCAAAAAGCUACACGAUUAUCUUUGGACACGAUGAAAAGAAGAAUGUUUGUUGCAAGCCAAUAUGGACGAAAGCUGUCAGAUGAUGUUAUUUCCUUUAUAAAAACUGAAGUACAUCUUGCAAUUCCUAAUGUGGUAAUGGUUCCUAGUUUGGAUGACAUUCAGCAAGCCAUUAACCGUAUGAUCCAGUUAACCCUGGAGGUCAGCAGAGGAGUGGCUCACUGGGGGCAACAGCAGAUUCGUCACAUGAAGUCUGUCAUUCCCAGUUCCACCACUACUGACCUGAUCCCUCAAAGCACAGGAAAACAGCUGAAGAAGGAAGAGAAAUCUUUUGAAGAAAUUAUUCCUGCGAGGAAGCUGAAGAAUUUCUACCCAGGUGUAGCGGAGCACAAGGAUAUUUCUAAGUUGGUGCUUCUCCUUUCCUCCUCUGUGAAUUCUCUAAGAAAGGUGGCUCAUGAGGCCCUGCAGGACUUUCAAAAGUACAACACUCUGUGGACAGAGGACCGUGAUGUGAAAGUAAAGGAGUUUUUAGCUAAUGAUCCCUCUCUGACCGAAAUCAGAUCCGAAAUUCUACGCUAUGCUACUUUUGAACAGGAGAUUGAAGAGUUGAAGCCUAUUAUUGUUGUAGGAGCACUUGAAUUACAUACAGAACCAAUGAAAUUGGCCCUAUCAAUUGAGGCUAAGGCAUGGAAGAUGUUACUUUGUCGAUAUUUGAAUAAAGAAUACAAAAAGAAAAUGACAGACAUGAUAACAUUUAUUAAUGAAUACUUGAAAAAGUUAUCUAGACCUAUUCGUGAUUUAGAUGAUGUUAGAUUUGCAAUGGAAGCCUUGUCCUGUAUCCGUGAUAAUGAAAUUCAAAUGGACAUGACUUUGGGACCAAUUGAAGAAGCCUAUGCUAUUUUAAACAGAUUUGAAGUAGAAGUAACCAAAGAAGAAUCAGAAGCAGUUGAUACCUUGAGAUAUUCUUUCAAUAAAUUGCAGAGCAAAGCUGUUUCUGUACAAGAUGAACUAGUUCAAGUGCAGCCAAAGUUUAAAAGUAGUCUACUUGAGUCUGUGGAAAUUUUUCGUGAGGAUGUAAUAAACUUUGCAGAUGCAUAUGAGACGGAAGGACCCAUGGUUCCAAAUAUACCACCCCAAGAAGCUAGCAAUAGGCUACAGAUAUUUCAGGCCAAUUUUGAUGAUCUUUGGAGGAAAUUUGUUACUUAUUCUUCUGGUGAACAACUUUUUGGAUUGCCUGUGACUGAUUAUGAGGUCUUACACAAAACCAGAAAGGAACUCAACUUGUUGCAGAAGCUGUAUGGACUGUAUGAUACUGUGAUGGGCAGUAUUAGUGGUUAUUAUGAAAUACUUUGGGGAGAUGUAGAUAUUGAAAAAAUUAAUGCAGAACUGCAAGAAUUUCAAAACAGAUGUCGUAAACUUCCAAAAGGACUUAAAGAUUGGCAAGCUUUUUUGGAUCUCAAAAAAAGAAUUGAUGAUUUCAGUGAGUCAUGUCCUCUCCUGGAAAUGAUGACCAAUAAGGCGAUGAAACAGAGACACUGGGAUCGAAUCUCCGAGUUAACUGGAACCCCAUUUGAUGUGGAAUCUGAUACUUUUUGUCUUAGAAAUAUCAUGGAAGCACCACUCCUUAAAAAUAAGGAUGAUAUUGAGGAUAUUUGCAUAUCUGCCAUUAAAGAGAAGGAUAUUGAAGCCAAGCUGACUCAGGUGAUUGAGAAUUGGACCAACCAAAAUCUGAGUUUUGCGGCAUUUAAGGGAAAGGGAGAGCUCCUGCUCAAAGGAACUGAAUCAGGAGAAAUUAUCACUUUGAUGGAGGAUAGUUUAAUGGUCUUAGGAUCCUUACUAAGCAACAGAUAUAAUACUCCAUUUAAAAAAAAUAUCCAGAAUUGGGUAUAUAAGUUAUCCACUUCCUCAGAUAUAAUUGAAGAAUGGCUUGUAGUACAAAAUCUUUGGGUUUAUCUUGAAGCUGUGUUUGUAGGUGGAGAUAUUGCCAAACAGCUGCCUCAGGAAGCAAAACGUUUUCAGAAUAUAGACAAGUCAUGGAUAAAAAUAAUGCAGCGAGCUCACGAGAAUCCCAAUGUGAUUAGUUGCUGUGUUGGAGACGAAACCAUGGGGCAACUUUUACCUCAUUUACACGAACAGUUGGAAGUAUGUCAGAAGUCACUUACAGGGUAUUUGGAGAAGAAGCGAUUACUAUUUCCAAGAUUCUUCUUUGUAUCUGAUCCGGUUCUCCUGGAAAUUCUCGGACAAGCCAGUGAUUCCCACACCAUACAGCCACAUCUCCCUGCUGUAUCUGACAACAUCAAUGAGGUGACAUUUCAUGCAAAAGACUAUGAUCGUAUGCUGGCCGUCAUAUCAAGAGAAGGAGAAAAAAUCAUUUUGGAUAAUUCUGUUAUGGCCAAAGGUCCUGUAGAGAUUUGGCUUCUGGAAUUGUUAAAAAUGCAGAUGUCAUCAUUACAUAAUAUAAUUAGAUCCGCGUUCUAUCAGAUCAGUGAUUCAGGAUUUCAACUCUUACCUUUCCUCAACCACUUUCCAGCACAGGUUGGGCUUCUGGGACUUCAGAUGUUGUGGACGCAUGAUUCAGAAGAGGCUUUACAUAAUGCAAAAGAUGACAGGAAAAUCAUGCAAAUAACCAACCAGAAAUUUUUGGAUAUUCUAAAUACUCUUAUUAGUCAGACAACACAUGAUCUAAGCAAGUUUGAUAGAGUGAAGUUUGAAACUCUAAUUACCAUCCAUGUGCAUCAGAGAGAUAUUUUUGAUGACUUGGUAAAAAUGCAUAUCAAAUCAGCUACUGAUUUUGAAUGGCUAAAACAGAGUAGAUUUUAUUUUAAGGAAGAUUUGGAUCAAACUGUGGUGUCUAUUACAGAUGUUGAUUUUAUUUACCAGAAUGAAUUUCUGGGAUGCACUGAUCGCCUUGUUAUCACUCCAUUAACAGAUAGAUGCUAUAUUACGUUAGCGCAGGCUUUGGGAAUGAACAUGGGAGGCGCUCCAGCAGGACCUGCAGGCACUGGCAAAACAGAAACCACAAAAGACAUGGGAAGGUGUUUGGGAAAAUAUGUGGUUGUGUUCAACUGCUCCGAUCAAAUGGAUUUCAGAGGCCUAGGAAGGAUUUUCAAAGGUCUUGCACAGUCAGGCUCCUGGGGCUGUUUUGAUGAGUUUAACAGAAUUGAAUUGCCUGUAUUAUCAGUGGCAGCGCAACAAAUUUUUAUUGUUUUGACAGCAAGAAAAGAGAGAAAGAAACAGUUCAUAUUUUCUGAUGGUGAUUGUGUUGAUUUAAAUCCAGAAUUUGGAAUCUUCUUAACAAUGAACCCUGGAUAUGCUGGGCGCCAGGAACUACCAGAAAACUUAAAAAUCCAAUUUAGAACUGUUGCUAUGAUGGUUCCUGAUAGACAGAUCAUUAUGCGAGUUAAGCUUGCAAGCUGUGGUUUUCUUGAAAAUAUUAUCUUGGCUCAAAAGUUUUAUGUUCUUUACAAACUCUGUGAAGAGCAACUUACUAAACAGGUUCAUUAUGACUUUGGGUUGAGAAAUAUUCUGUCUGUUUUGAGGACACUUGGAUCUCAAAAAAGAGCCAGACCAGAAGAUAGUGAAUUAAGCAUUGUCAUGAGAGGACUAAGAGAUAUGAACCUUUCUAAAUUGGUUGACGAAGACGAACCUCUGUUCCUCAGCUUAAUCAAUGACCUGUUUCCAGGUUUGCAACUGGAUAGUAGUACUUAUGCAGAACUGCAAACUGCAGUAGCCCACCAGGUUCAGAUAGAAGGCUUGAUUAAUCAUCCACCCUGGAACCUCAAACUUGUGCAGUUAUAUGAGACGUCUCUGGUGCGGCAUGGCUUGAUGACUCUUGGACCCAGUGGUUCUGGAAAGACCACUGUUAUAACAGUUCUGAUGAAGGCGCUAACAGAAUGCGGAAGGCCUCACAGAGAAAUGCGAAUGAAUCCAAAAGCUAUCACUGCACCUCAGAUGUUUGGCCGACUGGAUACUGCUACCAAUGACUGGACGGAUGGGAUUUUUUCUACUCUGUGGAGAAAAACGUUAAAAGCUAAAAAAGGUGAAAACGUUUUCCUCAUUUUAGAUGGCCCUGUGGAUGCCAUUUGGAUUGAGAACUUAAACUCUGUGUUGGAUGACAAUAAAACUCUCACAUUAGCAAAUGGAGAUCGCAUUCCCAUGGCCCCUAACUGUAAGCUUUUGUUUGAAGUCCACAACAUUGAGAACGCCUCUCCUGCCACGGUUUCUAGGAUGGGCAUGGUCUAUAUCAGCAGCUCUGCUCUCAGCUGGAGGCCAAUUCUACAGGCAUGGUUGAAGAAGCGCACGGCACAGGAAGCUACUGUAUUCCUGACUCUCUAUGAUAAAGCAUUUGAAGAUACAUACACAUAUAUGAAACUAAACCUCAAUCCCAAAAUGCAGCUCUUAGAGUGCAACUAUAUUAUGCAAUCUCUUAAUCUUCUAGAAGGUUUAAUUCCCUCCAAAGAAGAAGGUGGUAUUUCAUGUGUCGAACAUCUUCAUAAAUUAUUUGUCUUUGGUCUAAUGUGGAGUUUGGGAGCCCUCCUGGAACUGGAAAGCAGAGAAAAACUUGAAGCCUUUUUACGACAUCAUGAAAGCAAGUUAGACUUACCAGAAAUACCUAAAGGCGUGAAUCAAACCAUGUAUGAGUUUUUUGUUACCGAUUACGGUGAUUGGCAGCACUGGAAUAAGAAACUUCAGCCAUAUUAUUAUCCAACUGACAGCAUUCCAGAAUAUUCAUCAAUUUUGGUUCCAAAUGUUGACAAUAUUCGAACAAAUUUUUUGAUAGACACUAUUGCAAAACAAUAUAAAGCUGUUUUGCUCACAGGAGAGCAGGGAACUGCAAAAACAGUCAUGGUUAAGGCCUAUUUGAAAAAAUAUGAUCCUGAAAUACAGUUAUCCAAAUGUCUAAACUUUUCAUCUGCCACAGAACCAAUGAUGUUCCAGAGAACAAUUGAAAGCUAUGUGGAUAAGCGAAUGGGGAGCACAUAUGGGCCACCAGGAGGGAGAAAAAUGACUGUAUUUAUUGAUGACAUUAACAUGCCUGUGAUUAAUGAGUGGGGAGAUCAGAUCACUAAUGAGAUUGUGCGACAGAUGAUGGAAAUGGACGGGAUGUAUAGCUUGGAUAAGCCUGGAGACUUCACCACGAUUGUCGAUGUGCAGCUCAUAGCAGCAAUGAUCCACCCUGGAGGUGGUCGAAAUGAUAUUCCACAACGUUUAAAAAGACAAUUUACUGUGUUUAAUUGUACAUUGCCUUCAAAUGCCUCCAUAGACAAAAUUUUUGGAAUUAUUGGCUGUGGAUACUUUGAUCCUUGUAGAAAGUUCAAGCCUCAAGUAUGUGAGAUGAUUGCAGAUUUAGUCUCAGUGGGCAGAAUACUGUGGCAAUGGACUAAGGUGAAAAUGCUGCCAACUCCUUCUAAAUUUCAUUACAUCUUCAAUCUUCGAGAUCUUUCCAGAAUUUGGCAAGGAAUGUUGACCAUAAAAGCUGAGGAAUGUGAUUCAGUGCCUAUUCUCUUGUCACUUUUCAAACAUGAGUGCAACAGAGUAAUUGCAGACAGAUUCAUAACUCCUGAAGAUGAGCACUGGUUUAAUAUACAACUUACUCAUGCAAUUGAAGAAAAUAUUGGCUCCGAGGUGGUAUCAUCUAUUCAUCCUGAGCCAUAUUUUGUGGAUUUUCUCCAUGAGAUGCCUGAUCCAACUGGUGAAGAACCCGAAGACACUGUGUUUGAAGUACCCAAAGUCUACGAGCUGGUACCAUCCUUUGACUUUUUGUGUGAAAAACUCCAGUUUUACCAGAGGCAGUUCAAUGAAAUCAUUAGAGGAACAUCUCUUGAUCUGGUGUUUUUUAAAGAUGCAAUGACUCAUCUUAUUAAGAUUUCACGAAUAAUUCGAACAUCAUGUGGAAAUGCGUUGCUGGUAGGUGUUGGUGGUUCAGGAAAACAGAGUCUUUCAAGAUUGGCCUCUUUUAUAGCUGGAUAUCAAAUAUUUCAAAUAACAUUAACCAGGUCUUACAAUAUAAACAAUCUAACAGAUGACUUAAAAGCUUUGUACAAAGUUGCUGGUGCUGAUGGAAAAGGCAUCACCUUCAUCUUUACUGACAAUGAAAUAAAAGAUGAGGCAUUUUUAGAAUACCUUAAUAAUUUGCUAUCUUCAGGUGAGAUCUCUAAUUUGUUUGCACGUGAUGAGAUGGAUGAAAUCACCCAAGGUUUGAUAUCAGUGAUGAAAAAGGAGCUGCCUCGUCAUCCUCCUACCUUUGACAAUUUGUAUGAGUACUUCAUUACAAGGUCAAGGAAGAACUUGCAUGUCGUUCUCUGCUUUUCUCCAGUUGGUGAGAAGUUCCGUGCCCGUUCUUUGAAGUUUCCUGGAUUGAUAUCAGGUUGCACUAUGGACUGGUUCAACCGCUGGCCGAGGGAGGCUCUGAUCGCCGUGGCCUCCUAUUUCCUUUCAGGCUAUAAUAUUGUCUGCACUAGCGAAACUAAAAGACAAGUUGUAGAAACAAUGGGCCUCUUUCAUGACAUGGUUUCAGAGAGCUGUGAAAGUUAUUUCCAAAGAUACCGCCGAAGAGCACAUGUGACUCCCAAAUCUUACCUCUCAUUUAUAAAUGGAUACAAAAGAAUUUAUACUGAAAAGGUGAAAUUUAUUAAUGAGCAGGCUGAACGUAUGAAUAUUG